CGUGACCGGGCAGAUACAUCUACAUUUUAAUAUGACUCGAUCAUAAAUAUAAAAUUUUAUGGUUUUUUAGUAUACUAUUUUUUCUCUACUAUUUAUUCUUAUCUUUAACAACUUACCUAAUAUGGAUAAAUAGUUUGAAAAUAUUUCAUUUGACUUACGAUGGCUGACAUAUUUCGUUCAGCAUUCGGUAUUUUUUCGGGCAACAAAACUGACAGUGAUUUUGUUGGCCAACGUGUAGACAUUGCAUCCACUCAACUUCGGGUGAAGAAACUGAUAGCAGAAGGUGAGAGAAUACACUUUGUAUAUGUCUAGUGCUUUUCCUGCUUCUUCAUUAUAAAAAUCUUCGUUUUUCUGCCAUUUAAAUUGCGAUGAUGUGAGUAUAUUUACAUGUGUAGGUGCUUAUGGCUUCGUGUUUGUUGCUCAAGAUGUUUCUUCCGGAAAGGAAUAUGCUUUAAAGGUAAAUAUUUGACAGAAAAAUCAUUGAUUUGUUUUGAACUGUCAUAAUUUAAUCAUGUAUUUUAUGUCCAGCGACUGAUGGCAGCAGACGACGCAGCAAACAAAGCAAUUAUUCAAGAAAUAACAUUUAUGGUAUCCUUUUGCAUUCAGCCCUACUUUAUUCUUUUACUCUGUCUAAUGCCAGAUGAUUUUACUCGUCAAGAGUGCUGGUGCUCAAUGGGUUGUUUCAGAAAAGAUCCGCAGGAGGCACUUUCCCCCCGCGCCACCAGCUCGAAAGGGGGCUGCAAAAGCAACCAACUGCAGAGUUGGGCACUUUUCGACGAGAUCUCGGGUGUGCAAAUGUUAGAAAAUCGAAGUGCAGGUGUGCAAAACAGUUCCCAAGUGCGCAUCAAGAUGCAGUCAAGGGCACAAAACUAGCCAGAUACAUGUUAAAAACAAUGAAAAUUGGAGAUUUGAGGGCAGAUUAAAUUACAAAACUUGUUAUAAAGUACAUCCCAGGUGCGCUGAAAUUUAUGCCUAAAAAAAUAUCGAGUGCGACGUUGACCAACUCUGCAGUCUGGCAAAGCAAUAUGUCAUAUAGUGUAAUAUAUUAAUUGUAAAACAUCACUUCUCUCCUUCUACAAUUAUGACACCAUGGAGGCUCUCUUGGAAAGUUUUGCCCCAUGCAACCUCUCCGUAGCUCUGACACUACGUAUGGGUAAAUCAUAUAUGCACAUUAUUCCUUAAUCACUACGUCAGAAACGUCUCCGUGGUCAUCCCAACAUUGUUCAGUUUCUGAACGCUGCUUCAAUCGGUGCAGAAGAAUCCGACAAUGGCAUGGCUGAGUUUUUAAUUUUAACAGAAUUGUGUACAGGUACUGUAUGGGAAACUUUUUAGACCGAAAUAAAUGAAGAUAGCUCUGUUGAUACUAAAACACUUUCAAGACUGCUAUUACCAUUUUAAACUGCUUUCCAAGGAUCUGGCCAUUACACUGUGUUAUUGAUCUGUAUUAUUGAUCCAUUAUUACUACCGAAGAAAACCUAACCUGAACUAACUUUAUAUGCACUGGAUGUUAUCAGUUUUGUCUAUACCGGUUCUCCCUUAGUGAAUAUCAUCCCAUAUUGGUCUAGUAUUGCUACAGGAGGAAAUAGGUUUAUGUGAAGGAAAGCCAGUUUGCUUAAUCCUAGGUUAACAAAAUUUUCAAAGCAAUCUUCCCGACAGCAUGCUUAUAAACAUGCAAAUAUUUUCCUGAAAUCUUGUCUGAUCAUCAACAGAAGUUUUCUUCUCUGAAAAUUUGAAAUAAACAGAUGUGCACAAAUACACAAACCAACACAGCAGCAUUUAACCCAUGGUUAGUGCUAAUUCAGUUUUGAGCAGCAAGUCCCUGUGGCAGGGUCUCAGUAUCCAACUUAACCUGUGAUCAGGCCUAAAAAUUUCGGUUGUAAAUCUGAUUGGUCUAUGAGAUAAAAGAUUUUUUAAUCUGUCAUUUGAUUGGUUGGUGCUAAUUAGAUUAUAUUAUUGUUGAUGAUAUAUUUUAUAGUGAUCACAACUAUAAUUAGAUGGUUGCUGUCGUUGUGUGAAAUUUAAAUUUCUCCAGCAACAUUUUGAUUGGAUACUAAAUAUAAACUAAUGUUUGUGUCAGGCUAUAUUUGUAAAAUAGAUCUCGGGUACCAGGAUUCAAAGUUUAGUAUCCCCCCCUGAGAAUACAGUGUCCCACUUCUGGCCCACUGACCCAUAAAUUAUACCCUGUCCCAUCCAAAUAAGUUCCUUUACUCUCACUGUUACAAAUUACAAUAACAGGAGACUCAACAGUCAACAACUAAACUAUAAAAUGCACAUAAUCUUUCAACAAACUUCUAUAUGCUAGUCCUGAGCAAUGAGGAAAGACUGGUGGCAAACUGAUAGUAUUCAAAAGCUACCAGUCCUGAGCCUGUCAAAGGUGUUUGUAUUGAAAUUUUCUUAGUAUCCAGUCGAGAUACAAGUCAUUCGCAGUUUGGUAUCCAAAACCAAAUUUUUGGUAUCCCGUGGAUAUUGGGAUAGCGCAAACUUCAGACUCUGCCUGCGGUGUUUGGUGAAAACAUUCUUCUCACAUGUGACUGAGAUGAAAUCAUAAUGAGACAACUGCAUAUUGCAGCUAUCAAACACAGAGGGACAUGCUCUAACAACUGUGCUGUUUCCAACAUCAUUUUCUCGUCCUAUUUUAGGAGGUCAGUUAAUAAAGUGGUUCAAUGAUCGUCAAGGAAAGAGGAUACCUGCCACCCAAAUUCUUAGAAUAUUUCAUCAAAUAUGUCGAGCUGUUGCCCAUAUGCACAAGCAAAGUCCACCCAUUAUUCACCGCGACCUCAAGGUAGUCAUCAGAUAGCUUCACUUACUAUGUAUUUGCAAAUAAAUUAUUACUGUUGUGCAGUAAAACCGCUUCAAAUACUGUACUGGUAUGUUAUAAAACUCCGGUGGAACGAGGAGAGAGUUGGCAGUCGCACAUUGUUAUGGGGGGCAUUUCAAGCACUAGAUUGACAAGUACUAGAUUGACAAAGCAUUAAGAACUGGGCAGUUCAAGGACUAGAUUGAGUAGCGUGUUGUGUCUUUGUUACCGUAGUUUCGAUUGUCGAACGUAUUUUUAAAAAAAUUCGGUUCACUCAGUUUUGUAGAAACCCCCUCACUCUCCAAGCAAUGCUAUCAUUUCUGGCUUGGUUGAUGAGGAGGUAUCGUCCAGAGUCACAUCUGUAAAGCUCAUGCUAUAUAUAUUGAUAUACCUCAUGAAGUAUACAAUGUGAUAUUUCUUUGAAAAGGCAUAUGACCUGCUAUUGUAUGUUUGCAAUAAUAACAAAGUAAAGAUACAAUGCCAAGUUAGUGCAGCGACACAUUGGCUCGCCUCUGUGAAGACAAAUUCAUUGUCGGAGGAACAUACAGAUCAGAUUGGUCUAUGGUCCAUGCAGCAAUUAACCUAUUAAUAACAACCCUUCCCUUUAAAGAGCAAGAUCUUGAGAUGCUAAACGGAGUAAAAUAAAUACUUAAGGACGAAUUGUGCCAGAAUGGGUUCCUAUUUACAAUAAUGUUCUUUUGCACAUCUUUUAGAUUGAGAAUUUAUUAUUAAGCUCCCGUGGUCAGAUCAAACUGUGUGAUUUUGGUAGUGCUACAACAAAGUCUUUAUAUCCGAGUGAUUCCUGGACGUCAGUUGAAAGAAGUUUGCUGGAAGAUGAGGUGAGAGCAAGUAAUCACGAGGCAGACUAUCAGGCGCUCAUUACACAUUAAGAAAUAAUAAACUGAGUAAAAUACAAGCAAAACUCACACAGACACUGGACGAGUUGAGCAAAGUGACCCUUAUUAACUCCACCAUUAACUCCACCAGUGCACUCUAGUUGGAGAGGUGUCUGUUUUAUAAAGGUGACUGUAAAUCUUGCUUUCUGUUUGGUCAUGAUGGUGGCGACCAUCUCAAAGUAGUUGAAGCUAUAUUCCAUGAACAUUUUUAGUUGAUUUCAAGCAAGUCCUCGGUACUUGAUCUAAAUUUACAGCAAUUUGCUCCCUGGUGUUACCGAGUUUAGACAAAGUUUUAAUUAAAACAAAUCAAAGGUAAAACCGGUCUUUAGAAACACAGUCCAACUUAUAAGACGAUACUAAAUAUCCUGACAUGCAUGUCUAACGGAUAGUCUCAAAACAAAUGAUUGUCUACUCUUAUUUCUUUUCUUUUUAUUUCAGAUGCAGCGGAACACAACGCCAAUGUACAGAGCACCUGAAAUGGUUGAUCUUUACAGCAAUUAUCCCAUUACAGUGAAAUCUGAUAUCUGGGUGAGUGCAUCUGAUCAGGACGAUUUCUCAGUCUCUGCAAGGAACCCUUUCUUAUAAUCAUCAUGCAUAGAUAUUUGCGAAACGUACGUUAAAAAAAAUGAAUGAUAAUUGACACAAGAUUUUCACGUCUUACGUACAAUGCCUGACAAGCCAUAACAAGUGCUGCUCCAAAUCAUAUUAGAUUUCUUCUCAAACAUGAAGCUUCUGAAACUAUUGAAUGGAAUGUGACCAGUGGUUAUUCGUCCGACACCAGAUAUCAAUAUAAUGACGCUAUUCGUCCGACCGAACAAUUUUUCUCAUACCAAAUAGUCAAUAGUCGUAUGCGUUCUCCCUGGGUUCGAACCAAGGAGUGGAAUUAUACACAGGAAUAUUCUGACUUAAUGUGUACAGGUGGCCUGAUUGGUUAGGAUGAGGGCUGGUUAGGGUAUAUUGUCAGCGUAACGGCGCUAGGUGUGAGCAAGGUUCUGGUGAAUUUAUUGUCUUUAGAAAACAGUGAUAAUGUUGUAUGUACGCACGCGUAAUAUUGUGUCAGAUGAAUAGCACAUUGGGACCCACUGCGCAAAUUGAAAUAUUAAUAACACACGGCAAGUGUUUUUUACAAUAAUUAGGAGGUUGUUUUGACCGUCGUUGCUGUGUCGCUUGCAAAGGUUGCAUGGUUAAGGUCCCUACUGUCUUUAAGCUUCUGCCGUGUUGAGCAGCGAAUGCUUUGUCUGACUAAAAAAUUAAUAGCAUGAUGUCUUAGAUCUUGACAAUUUUUAUUUUUUAUGUUCUCUUUUCAGGCGUUGGGUUGUUUAUUGUAUAUGUUAUGUUAUAUGGAACAUCCGUUUGAAGAUGGCGCUAAAUUGAGAAUAUUGAAUGCCAAGUUCACCUUGCCUGAAUUUGAUAAAGAAUAUGACAUUUUUCAUAGCUUAAUAUGUACGUAUUUUGUGUUUAACUUCCUUGACCUGUAUAGUUCGAAAUUAUGUGUUAAACUAUCAGUGAAUGUGAAAUAGUCUUCACGGCGGGGGUGAUUUGCAGAACGCGACUUCUGUGUCCUAACCCCGUAAAAGCUGAGCGAAAGUACCCUAACACUUUCGGACAGCUUUUACGUAUCACCGCUGAGCGAAAGUACAGAAGUCGCGUUCUGCAUUCUGCAAAUUACCCCCGCCCUAGUCUUCACAUUACCCCCGCCCUAGCCUUCACAUUACCCCCGCCCUAGUCUUCACAUUACCCCCGCCCUAGCCUUCGCUUGAAAUGUUGAAGUUCUCGUCUAUUAAUCCGCAGCUUUGUCACAUUUCUAUAAUUUCUUGUUCAGGUAAAAUGUUGCAAGCAGAUCCAACAAAGCGUCCUGAGAUUUCCGAAGUUGUGUCAGACCUAGAAUCAAUAGCAUUGUCUAGAUAUGUUGAGCUUAAAGGGUCAAUAGUAAGUACAUCUGUAUCACUGAGCUUUUUCCACUUCGCUUUUUGUUACGGAACGUAUGGUUGCAGUAAGAUGAAUUGUUUGUUAUUUAAUAUAAUGUACAUGAAGAAAUGACUUCAGUUCAAUCGAAAUUCAUAGCCAAAAAAAUAAAUUCCGUAUAAAAAAAGAAAUACAUGGCAUGCAAGCGCCAAAAACAAAAAACGCUUUUGCUAUUCAAAGGAGUGAGUAAAUUAUUUAUAUCAUAAAGUAGCUUCUACAUAUUUUUUCAUGUGUAUUAAUAAGCAAUAGUAUGGUUUCUCGUCCAAUUUGGAAAAACAAGCACUCGUGAGUUUUUAUCCAUACAGUACUUCUUUUUAACCAUACAGUACUUCAUGUUAUUUAUAGAAAUUUAGGCAUCCCAGAGCGGAGAUCAGUGGAACAUUUUACAAUGUGUUCACUCCAUGAAAAUCAAAAUUCAUGACAUUUGUGCAGGGGCCAGUUGUUCCAUAGCCGGGUAGCUUCAUUAUAGGUUUAAAAGUGUAAAACUUCGAAGCAAAUUUCCAACAGCUUGCAUGUAUAUAUAAACUUAAAUAUUGAUCCAGAAAUCUUUUCUGCAUUAAUAAAAGUUUUAAAGUUUUUUUCUAAAAUUGAUUUAGAACAAACCGACGUGUAGAACCCCGAAGGUUAAACGAGGGUUAGCGCUAAUACAGCUUUGAACAACCGGCCCCAUGCAGAUUCAUAUAACCAUGAUGUAUUUGUAUAUUUUACUUUAGUUUCAAGAAGAAGAACCAAUGAUGUCCACAAGUCAAGAUAAUACAGGUAUUAAACCCAGGACACACAUUGUUACCGCUUUAAAAAUCUCAUUUAGAAAACAAAAACAGUUUUGCUUUGGUUUCCACCACAAUGUUGCAAAGCGUGAGGAAACGGGAAACAUAAUAAGCGGGCGUCUGCCAGAGCUCCGGUGAGUGCUACGAGGUGUACCGCUGGUUUCUUUGUAAUUCUCUCCUUCCUUCACUUGUAAGUGUCCGUAGAACGCGUCCCUCCCCACAGCUGCCUACUUUAUAAACACAGCCAUGUACUCGGAAUAAUUCUGAAAGCCCUGGGAGGAAUCAUCAAAAUUUGUAAAUGUUUUUGCAACAAUAUUUCCUAGUUUUCUGCGGGCUUACGUCUAGAGAUUUGCAUUUACCCAGGGAUAGUACAUUUCCUGCCAAGCCUGUUCUUUGAUGAUGUGAUCAAAUGUUGUUUCAGAUCAAGCUGGUGGCAGCAGUGCCGUGUUUGGUGGAGUUGUUAAAGGUGCAGGAACGUUCUUCUCCAAUAUUAAAGACAUGUCAAACAAAGUAGUGCAAUCUGUGGCUGGGUAAGAUCAAUGCUCCAUUCUAUUUCUUGGAUUAACUGUAAGCUACAGAGCAAGGUGUCAUUUUCACCACGUGUGAACGCACUAUUCCAUUACAACCUCCAAAUCAAUCCUCAGAAUGUUAAGAAUUGCAUUACAGAAUGCAGGAAAUGGCAUUUCCGAGAUAGUACAGUAGAUUUUGGAAUUUUGGGUGGGGCACGCUUGUCGAUCCGAUAUUGUACUCAUCGACAUCAGGCUGGUUUACACUGUGAACGUUUCUGUGAUCACAGUAGGAAUUUUGCAUUUAUAGGUAAAUUGUAAGUUUUGAAGGAUUUGUAAGAAAUGUUUGAGGCGACUGAGUCAGUGUUAAACAUUGAGACAAUUCCCUCAAACAUUUUUUACAAAUCUUUCAAAACUUAGAAUUUACCCAUGCAAAAUUCCUACUGUGAUCACAGAAACUUUGAUAGUGUAAACUAGCCUUAAUUUUAAGGCACUGCAAUAUUUAUUCCUGACCAAUUAAUUUUAGUUCUUUAGCACUUAACAACUUUAGUCAAUCACGCUCACAGUAACCCGGCCAAACAAGUCUAGUGCUCUUAUCGCCAUAAAUAAAGCACAAUAACAGGUUUAGCUAUUUCGUUUGUUGCAUAUGCGAGGAACGAGGGCACUGCAGGAUUGUCUAAGUUGUCUUCCAACAUAUUUUACUGUAGAUACGUGAAAAGCGAUCUGGAUAUUUCUUAUGUAACAUCAAGAGUAUUGGGUAAGUUCUACAUACGAAAUUUAGCGUGUACAUGAUGGUUUUUACAAUCGACUUUUCAUCGAUACCAAUGAAUCGUGGUCCAGUCAUGGUAUAUCAAACUUCCGUCGUGCGACGAUACCAUGCAUGCGCGAAAUUUAUUGUCGUUUAAUUGUUGGGCAAUUUAAUAAGUAACAGUUUGCUGUAAAGUCAUAAAUUUUGUUUGCUUUUAUUUAUUAUUUUCGUAUUUUUUCUGGUUUAGUUCAGUUAAUAGUUGCGGUACUAUUUGUUUUUCUGUAAGCAAAGGAACAUUCAUUUUGGUCUAUAUGAUUAACACCACUUAAAAUCCUGGAAAUACCACAAUGCAUCACGAUUUCAACAUGCGAUCGCUAUUGAUGAACAAAUCAAUGUACCCUUCGUUUUCUUGAUCGUUAUUUUGGCCUUUAAUAGAGCCUUUUUGUAUGUUUUAACGGCGAGAAAUUACGGUGACAAAGAACCUGGGAAUCAGGCUGAUAGAUACUGUAAAGAACCUUUAUAUGUCACCAGCAACGAGAUAAAGGGCUGUAAACCCAAGAUCUCAAGUCACGACAGUGAGGCUUUAUAGCUAAGAUGAUAUUCUUUCCAAAAGGAUGUAUUUUACUUGGCUGUAUAACACAAUACAUGCAUUAAUUAUGAAUUAUUUUAUUCUUUCAUAGUGAUGCCAAUACCUGGAGAAGGCAUUGAAUCAACGUAUAAAAAUAGUGUGGAUGAUGUUCAAAUAUUUCUUGAUACAAAACAUCCAUCAAAAUUCGCUGUCGUUAAUUUGUCACAAAGACCAGCUAAACUGAAAGGCAAGGUAAAGUGACUUCAUAACUUUGGAAUAUAAUUCUAUUACAACUACACAGCCAGAAACGCGCAAGUCGGAACAGAUCUGCAACAGAUCUGUUAAAUCCUGUUGUCAACAAGCCGAUAUCUGGAUGCGUUCGCUCGCCUUGUACCUGUCUGUUCUGACAGACCUGCAACGGCCUGUCAACAGGUCUGUUACAAGCUGUUGUGACAGAGCUGCUGCAAUGCUGUUUUCAACAGGUCUGUUAAAAGCUGUUGUGACAGAGCUGCAGCAAUGCUGUUUUCAACAGGCCUGUCGCAAGUUGUUGACACAGAGCUGAAGCAAUGCUGUUUUCAACAACUUGCGACAGACCUGUUGCAAACCGAGGAAAGCGCCUUAUGAAGCUUGUCUAUCCACUAUUUUGAACAAAAAACGGCCAAACAGGUUGCCAUAUUUCGGUUGUAGUGUUUCGUGAAAUAGAAGUUUGAAAUAUAAAGUUUUAUAAACAAACUUGCGAGAUAAUUUUUAUAUAUGAAUAUAAAGUUUAUAAACAAACUUGCGAGAUGAUUUUUAUAUAUGAAUAUAAAGUUUUAUGAACAAACUUGCGAGAUAAUUUUUGAGCAAAACAGCCGAAAAAAUACGACAAAUUCAAGAAAGGUUCUUAUCGUAAACAAUUUUCAAAAUUAUUUGUCUUGAAGUACGACCGAAAUAUGACCACCUACUUGCAUAUUUUUCUUCAAAACAGUACAUACCAUAAACACAAAGCUUCAAUAAGGCGUCUUCCUCGCUCGCAGAUUUCACUUGAAAUUGGAAAGAAAUUAUAUAACGAAUUUCAUGUUCAUAUCAGCAAUGACGAACAUUGCAGUGAACACUCGGUUGUUCAUGUAUUGUUCAUUUCUUAAGCUCUAGAUCCUGUAUUCUCAUUGCUACAGUUUCUUCAAAAAUCAAAACAGCUUUGAACUUGUUUGAUUUUGUUUGAGGCAGUUGUUGAAAUUUUGUUUGGCUCAAAAUUCAAAAACAACUAAACAUGAUUAUGUGAUUGAUAUGUUUGUAAUAUUUCGCCCAAUUGCAACGAGGAAUGAUGACGUGUGCACACGCGUUUAUCCAAUCAGAUUAAAGAAAUAUAGCGAUAGCACACGUCAGCAAAUUGGAAUUUGGAUUUUGGAAAUCGGAACUUUUUAAAAAAAAAAUAAAACAGCGGCUUUUGCAUUUUAUAAUAAUCAGAGAAUAGAUACUAUGGACUAUAAUCUCUCCUAUGUGAUUUAAUAUCGCCACCAAUGACAAUGAUUAAAUGAGAAAGUGAAGCCGGAAGUGUCCAUUUCGUGCGAUUUUAUAUCUCUUUACUCACAUUUUCGAUUUGUUUCCCUACAACAGGCUUGUUGAAACUGGUUGUGACAGGACAAAAAUUGUUUGUUGUGGACAGGUUUGUCGCAGGUCUGAUAACAAGCUUGCUGCAGACUUGACAAAAACAACUCGCGACAGGUCUGUUGGAACAGGUUGUAACAGACCUGUUGAUUUCAACAGACUUGCUGCAAAUUGUUCUAUCAGACCUGUUGUCUCUUGUUAGUAACAGGUUUGUAGCGGGUUGUUUCAACAAGUCGCUACGGCUCUGUUGUCAACAGCUUGCGACAGACCUGUUACCGCAAGCCUGUUACCGCCUGACGAAACCAACAGACCUGUCGCGACUUGUUGACAACUUGCCGCAAGCCGGUAAAAUCAACAGCUUGCGACAGGCCUGUGAGAUUUCUGGCUGUGUAGUACUGGUAAACAUGCAUCAUUGGUAGUAAAAGCCUCACUUGCAUUAGUUCAAAGGGCAAACCUGCAUGUACAAAAAUUUGAAAAUAGUGUAAGCAUUCCUGUGAUCAAUCCAUUGGAUAAAAGUAUGAUAAACACCUCACCUUUUUUAACCUAAUCAAAUCAUAUUCUAACUUGUAACGAAGGCCUGAACCUUAUAUAAAUAAUAUCCAGCAUUGGGCGGCCAGGUCUACCAUAAAAUGAAGUAAAAACUCAGUAUCUGGCCAGAUAUGAUAUCCAUUGCAUCCCUAGUUAUUUGUUAUGUUUCAUUGUUUUAAAAUUCCAACUUUACUUAAUUACUUGUUAAGGAGAGAGUGUUGGAUAUAUGUCUAUGAGAUGACUGUAUAUUCUUGGUAUUCAAUUUUCUUAUUUAAUUAAUUAAAUAUAUGCACCAUUUGUACCCUUUUAUAGUUAACCCUCAGAUGUAUAAUGGCUUCCCUUCCACAUGCACUGGGAGACAGACAGACCCACCAAAACAAGACAGGUAAGCUUUUUUUGCGAUUCUUCAUGCAAGUUUACUAACAUUUUUCUUUGUAAUGUAGGUUUGAGACCCAUUGCACCCUGCUUUAUUAUUUUACUCUCUCUAACGCCAUACAAUUUACUUGUCAAGGGGAGAGCUCUGGUGCUUAAUGAGUUAAGCAUUCAGGGGUUUCAGAAUAAGCUGGACGCCGCCGGCUACUUGAACUUGUGCCGCCGGCUACUUUUCAUCUGGUCACAGGAAAAAUUUUAUAUACAAAGGUAUAAGUGAACUAACACAAUGCUUGUUAUGUUCCAUUUGGGGUUCAAGCAAAACAUCACUUAUUUUGGAAGAUCAAUAAUACAUAGUACCAAACAUAGCUUGCUUUCUUAAGUUGCUGUUGAAGAAGCGAUAGUAUAAAAUUCUUUGUUUUCUCGUCGCCAUCUUGAAUUUCGUAGCAAAUGGUCAGCGACUCUGAAUCUUCCUGAACAGGAAGAUGACUCCGAUUGACUCUGACGAAUUUGACAGUGAGCCAGAGAACGAGUCAGAUUCAGAGCUACUUUGGUAAAUGUUUUUCAAGUGACUAAUUCUUUGACAGUGAAUUAAUAAUAAUAAAGUGAUGAAGUAAAGUUCAUUACGUACAUAAGUAUAGCAUCAUUUAAUUAAUGAUUUUGAACUCAUAAAUUAAUACUAAUAGUGUACAUUGUCAUUAUGGUCAUGCAGCUGUACUAGUAAACUACUAGUAGCACAUUAAAGUGCAUUGUCACUUACAAGUAUAAAUGCAAAUGAAAUGACAUCUAAAUCUAACAUGUUAACAGUUGUACUUUGUCUUUUUACUUAUUCUAUAUUAUUUGAUUGUUAUCAACUAUCAGUCACAGCCGGCUAGUAUUUUGGUACAGCUGCCUACUUUUUUGGUACAGCCACCUACUUCAAAUCAUUCUGAAACCCCUGAGCAUUAUUUAUAUUUUUAAACUCUGUAAUGCAAUGCCAUUGUGAACCAAUUGAACCAUACUGUACCAUACUAUUAGCAUUAAUGGUACCAAGAUGUGAUGGUCUUAACUCUUUAAUAAUUCAACACACAAGUGGCUGUCGAAACAUUAAAUUAUAACUGUAUGAAGCCACCUGUAAAUGAUUUCUUGAACUAUAACAUGUUCCUAGUUUGUAGCAUUCAGCUUUGUUAUCCAUACAAUUGCCUGUAUACAGUAGUGCUUUAAUUUGCAAAACUGUCCAUUUUUGAGUAACUAUAUGCAGGGGUGUGGUUUAGUUAUUAGUUAUAUAUAGUGUAUAGUAGUUUGAUUAAUUAAAUUUAAUUUACCACGUCUAACCCCAGGCCGAGAGCAAGUGUCAUUUGUAUAUUCAAGUUUGAUUCAAUAUAAAAAGAGAAUUAAUUUUAAACCUCUCUGCCAUUGUGGUAAUUAAUUGUCAGUAUUCAAGGUUUCAAACCAAAAGUUGAGUAGUGUAAUUAACUGUUCUAGUAAGAAUAGUGUCUGAAUUAAUAUUUAUAAUUGUGAGUACUAUGCACUGAUUAAUAAAUGCAACAUAUUUUGUAGGGAACUGAUGAUGUGAACCGCCAUAUUAAAGAGACAGUCUCACCUGCAAUCCUUUUGUGUGGUACCUCUGUGUUUGAUACUUUGGUUAUAUGUAUGUUGUUGGGAAAGGAAAGUGCUGUGUGA